AUGAGACUCCAGUCCCUGCUUCCUGUGCUCCUCUUGUUUGUGACUAUCAUGCCAAAAGCAAGAACUGGCAUUAUCCCGGGGCUCAAACAGUGUGUCGUUUUGAAAGGCGUGUGCAAGGACGGAGGCUGCACCUCCACAGACGACACCAUCGGGGUGUGCAACCAGGAGAAGAAGUGCUGUCGACGGUGGUGGGUGCUGUGGCCCUACCCGACACCAGCUCCCAGGUCAAAAUCUCCUUAG